AGGAGGAUGGAGAAAGAGUACCCUGGCGCUAACCUGUAACAUAAGUGGGGCUUUGAAGGACUACCCCUCGCCGUCACCACUGGGUGAUCACUGGGUGACCAGUGGUGGUUUUUAAAAGGCAAAUUCGGUUACAGGUGACAUCUGCACUGUCAUCCAGAAAUAAAAGGGAGCUUUGAUUUGUGCAGUGCUGCCUUCCAAGCAGUCAAGUGGAAGAAGAGGAGGAGGAAGAGGAAGAGGAGGAGGAGGAGGACAAGGAGGAGGAAGAAGAGGAGAAAGCCAGAAGCCUUUGAAGAGCCCCAGUUCUCAGAGCCUAACACACUGGGAAUCCUUGGAAAUUAAAACAGGAAUAAGCCUGCGCGAUGGAUUGGGGAACCCUACACACAUUCAUUGGUGGUGUGAACAAACACUCCACCAGCAUCGGGAAGGUGUGGAUCACAGUCAUCUUUAUCUUCCGGGUCAUGAUCCUCGUGGUGGCAGCCCAGGAAGUGUGGGGCGAUGAACAAGAGGACUUCGUCUGCAACACCCUGCAGCCAGGGUGCAAGAACGUGUGCUACGACCACUUCUUCCCAGUGUCCCACAUCCGGCUCUGGGCCCUGCAGCUGAUCUUUGUGUCCACCCCAGCGCUUUUGGUGGCCAUGCAUGUGGCCUACUACAGACAUGAGACUGCCCGCAGGUUUAGACGGGGAGAGAAGAGGAAGGAAUUCAAAGAUCUAGAGGACAUCAAGAAGCAGAAGGUGCGGAUUGAGGGGUCCCUGUGGUGGACGUACACCAGCAGUAUCUUCUUCCGCAUCAUCUUCGAAGCUGCCUUCAUGUAUGUGUUUUACUUCCUCUACAAUGGGUACCACCUGCCCUGGGUGCUGAAAUGUGGGAUUGAGCCCUGUCCCAACCUUGUGGACUGCUUUAUUUCUAGACCAACUGAGAAAACUGUGUUCACAAUCUUUAUGAUCUCUGCAUCUGUGAUUUGCAUGCUGCUCAAUGUGGCCGAGUUGUGUUACCUGCUACUGAAGUUAUGUUUUAGGAGAUCCAAGAGAACCCAGGCACAGAGAAAUCACCCCAGGAAUUCCCUGAAAGAAAGCAAGCAGAAUGAAGUGAAUGAGCUGAUCUCAGAUAGUGGUCAAAACACAAUCACAAGUUUUCCGAGUUAAACACUUCAAGGUCAAGCAUAGGUGAACCCUGACAAUGCAUUUGUCCUUUGGAAAGGUAACAUCAACCUGGCAGUUCCCUUUCUAGAUGAAGAGCUUGUCUCUAUCAAUGACUUAUAGUAACUAGCUGUACUUUGGAUAGAGUACCUGCACCAGUCACAUGCAGUGAGACUUACAUAUGUGCUCCAUCUUCGAAGACAAACUGGUGACAACUGAGCUUUGAAGUUACCUUAACAAGUUUGUUUUACCUGGACUGUCUGACUUACUGUGUAUCCCCUGAACCUUUAUCUAGAAAUUGAUAUUUUUAUUAGUAAAGUUAUUUUUAUAGGACUGACUUUGAAUUUGUAUAAAAUAUUUUUAUAAUGACUGAUUUUCCUUACCUGGGAAACACAUUCGUAGUUAGCUUUUCAAGGAUACAUUCCAAGUAUCUAAACUUUUAAGUAUAUACCCCAAGUAUCUAAACUUUGAACUUACAAAGAGUCUAGCUUAUGAAUACUGCUUUGCAGUAUCUGUUGAGAAUUUUACAAACUGUCAUGAUGCUCUUAAGGUGGAGUGUUCGUUGUACAAUGCAUUUUUUUGCUGUUUUUGAAUGUAGAUUGGACUGUGGGGAAGUAGGGCACUUUUUUAAGCUAACCUGUUUUCCAGCUAUUGUGAGCACUGGAGACAUGAGUGUGGUCACACCAAUAAAGCUUGAUCCCAUUU